AUGGAUAUCCUGUCGCCUCUGGGUUUCGCUCAUUUGAUCGCGCUCGCUGUUGCCCUUCAGGAGAAGGGCUUGAACUCGAAUGCCCCUGUGUGCUCCAGCUGGGUUUGGGUGAAUCGGAAUACUGCUGGACGCCGAGUCGACCGACCACUAGGAGACGAGACUCAGCGCUACGUCAGGCAGGCCAACUGCAUGGUGGAGCGAUGCAUCCUGUUAAUACUUCUCCUCAUGAGCAAGGGGGUCUUCUUUGCCCUUGAGCAGCCCAGGGGGUCCAGCAUGAGAUUUCAUCCUCGGUUUCAAUGGAUGCUGCAGAAACACAAGAUCUGGAUGGUUUCAUUUAAUAUGAGUCCGUAUUUCGGGAGCACCACUCAGAAACCUACGUGGCUUUGGUCUGGACAUCGAUGCGUGCAGAAACUCCCUGAGUAUUUCGUGUUCGAGGACCGCGAGACUCUGGACCCAGAGGUCGAGACCUUCACAACUGAUGUGAGGGCCGACGGUUCUAGAGCAGUCGAUGGUGGCAGAGACCUGAAGGGGACUCAAGCCUAUCCCCCUGCAUUCGGGGACGCCCUGGUGCAAUUGCAUGCUGACAAUGCUUCCGAGAUCGCUUCUGAUUUCGAAAAGUUUCAACGUGGGCUCGCCCGGGCCCGUGCGAACGGCUCCUCUGGCCGCGUGCUGGAAUCGUGGCCCGGCGCUCGUCUGUCCAGCGUUUUGCGCGCCCUUGGCAAAGCGUGAGACGGCGGUGGCUCGUCAGAGCUGGGGA